AGUCGCAUUAGGGACAGUACGAGUACUUUGGUAGCUUGUAAUGCUACUUCAAAUUAAAUUUCAUUAGGUGGGUGACUUACGACGAAGCUCGAACAGCUCAAUACUCAAUACCCGAGACUAAACGAUCGAUGGAUCGUGUGCACGUCCGUCGUCUGCUGUUGUUCGUGCGACCGUUCGACUCCGAGUAUAUCAUUUGUGUGGAGCACGCGCUGUACGCGGGGAUUUAAGCUUUCGAAUUUUCAAUUAGUUCGUUGACGCUGAGGAAGUUGUGAAGGUGUUUCAAGUGGCAAACGUCCGCACAGUUUAGAAUCAGCUACACAAGCGCAAGGUGUUGCAUUCGCUAAAUACUCAACAGGAGCUUAGUGUGGGAGAUAUUCGAAAGGAACUUCCUAAAAAUAUUAACCAAGCGUUUGACAUGCAAUUGAUAAUAUUUCAAGCAGCUUUUCUUGUGAUCUGCUGGUCUCAAGUGGUCAGCAGUCAUGUGUUUGGUUACUCGGAGCCAAAUCAGAGGCGUUGGGCGCGUCAUCAUGGUCAUUGUGCCGGCAAGACGCAGUCACCCAUAGCCAUCACCUCUAGCCAUACAAUACCCGUCCAUAUGCCGGCUGUUGACAUGAUUGGCUAUCACAAUCUCCUGCCGUAUCCUCUGAAAAUGGUCAACAAUGGCCACACGGUUACCAUUGGCAUACCCAAGGGCAAUAUGACUGGGGAUCAGGAGGAGUUUCUGCCGUACAUUCGGGGUGCCAAGCUGCCCGGAGAGUUCGAAGUGGAGGGUCUGCAUUUCCACUGGGGUGACAAGAACAAUCGAGGCUCGGAACAUGUCAUUAAUGACAUACGCUACACCAUGGAGAUGCACAUUGUGCAUCGCAACAAGAAGUAUGCAACAAUCGGUGAGGCACUCAACCAUCCCGAUGGUGCAGCGGUAUUGGGAUUCUUCUUCAACCUGGACGAGGAUGAGGGCCAAGGACUAGUGACCAUCAAUCGUCAUUUGCAUUUGAUCGCUGAUGCCAAUCAGGAGGCAGCGCUAAAUGUUACCUUCUCGCUGUCCUCUCUGAUAGCGAAUGUGGAUGUGGAUAAGUUCUACACAUACAAGGGUUCACUUACCACACCCCCUUGCUCGGAGGCCGUCACCUGGAUACUCUUUCCCGAUCCCAUACCCAUUUCGCCCAAGCAGAUUUCACGCUUCCGCCAGCUGUCGGAUACACAGGAUGGUGCACUCGUCGACAACUUCCGCACACUGCAGCCAGUUGGCAAUCGUCGCAUCUUUGCCCGUACUGGACACGUCCGUCACACGUCGAUUGCGUCACUGAAGCACGAGGGCGAUUAUCUCAAGUACGAUUGGUUCUACUGAGCGGCAGAUGAAUGCUCUGGGAUCGGAGUGCUCUGUGCCAUGCUAUGUUAGAUUAUGUUUAGCUUUUGCAUUUAUUAUUUAACUACGUGUAUAACAAUCAGCUGUAAGCUAAUCUCUUUCUCAAUAAGUAAAUAUUUCUACGAUA